AUGUAUGGAAUAAAUCAGCGCUGUAUUUACAUAUCUUUUAAUUUCUUCGUGUUGUGGUGCCAUGCUCAGGGGGAGAAUCACCCGUCUCCUAAUUUUAACCAGUAUGUGAUGGAGCAGGGCUCAAUGACGGACCAGCUUAGCCGGCGACAGGUCAGGGUUUAUCAACUAUACAGCCGGACCAGCGGGAAGCACGUCCAGAUACAGGGCAAGAGGGUCGCCGCUACUGCUGAGGACGGCAACAAUUACGCACGUCUCUUUGUAGAGACUGACACCUUUGGCAGUCGGGUUCGGAUCAAAGGUGCAGAGAGUGGACGCUACCUCUGUAUGAACCGGAAGGGGAAACUGGUUGGAAAGCCUGAUGGCAGAAGCAGGGAUUGUAUCUUCACAGAGAUUGUUCUGGAGAACAAUUACACUGCCUUCCAGAAUGCCAAGUAUGAGGGUUGGUAUGUGGCUUUCACCAGGAAAGGGAGGCCCAUCAAAGCCUCCAAGACGAGGGAGAACCAAAGAGAGGUCCAUUUCAUCAAGAGGCUACACAAGGGCCCACUACCUUUCCCCAACAUGGACAGAAUCAAACAAUUUGAGUUUAUCAGUUUUCCACCCACCCGUCGAGCGAAACGGAACAGGAAAUCACAGACUGCUGCCUAG